GACACAAACCUCCGUAAAUGCGACGGCAAAGCCUCCGAGGGAUCCUCCGAUUAUGCGAAUCUUAGGGUUUUGAAUCGCUACAUAACGCUUCAGAGAGGGAGGAUCAAAGACAAAAAAGAGAGAAAAAGAAGGGUUUUUUCAGGUAGAAAGAUAAGAAAGCGAUCGAAUUUUCAAUGAACUGUCUAACUGUGCGCAAUGGGCAAGGAAGAAUGAGACGCACAAAUAGAGAAAUGGAAUUACUUUGGUUUGGAACGAACCCUUGUGGUGACCUGACCUAAACCUGUUUGGGAUACUCUCUUCUCUUCUGAGUUCGGACUUCAACAAGUUGGUAGUCGGGGAGAACACAGCGACUUAGGGAGCGAUGGCCGGGGAAGAGAAGCGGCACCAGAUGAUGCAGAAUCUCUUCGGAGAACAGUCCGAAGAAGAAGACGAGGAAGAGGAGGAGGAGGAGGAUGAUGAGGUCGAACCUGAGCAUGACUCGAACACGCAAUCUGGACACGUUUCGGCCGACUGGGAGAUUGAUGGGGAUUAUGUUCACCGUAUUGGAGCUGCUUGUGCAAAGUGGAGGCUAGCCUCAGGCGUCCUUUGCGACAAGAAGAUAAUGUCUAACUUGAAAGGGAAGUUUUAUCUGACAGUGGUCAAACUGACUAUAUUAUACGGAGCAAGGUGGACUGUGAAGAAAACUCACAUUCGUCAGUUUCAAGUGGCAGAGAUGAGAAUGUUGUGGUGGAUGUGUGGUCAUAUGAGGAUGGAUAAGGUCCGGAACGAGCAAUUUCCCCAAAAUCUCUCUGUCCGCUCCUCUGUGCUUCCUCCUUUGGUAAGUCAGACCCACGAACGUAUCGAGGAAGGGGAAGAAGAGGGGGAGGGAGAAGGAGAAGGGGAGGGGGAAGGUGAACUUCAUCUGGAGUCAGAGAGGGAAAGUGAUGGCGAUAUGCAGGAUGGGGAUGAUCAUGGAGAAAGUCAGUCUGAAAGCAAUCAGAGUGUUCAUCAAAGAGAAGACAGUCAUGGGCAAGACAGCAUGUCUGAUGAAAACAAGGAAUAUGGUCAAAGUGCAUCAGACAGGUCAGAGAAAGAUUCUGCUGAUAUUGAUGAAGAAGUUAACCAAGCUAGAAGUGAAAGUAGAUCCCCCUUGGAGGAGAAAGAUGAGGUGCCUGUUUCAAGCUCAGCUCCAGAAAUUCGAGAUGUGUUUGGGGACUCUGAAGAUGAAGAGCCAACCAUUGGCGACUCUGAUGAUGAAGGGCCAACCAAGCUUGGUGCUCGGAAUGAAAUGGGUGAAGAUGAAGAGCCAACUAUUGGGGACUCAGAUGAUGAAGGGCCAACCAGGUUCAGUGUUCAGAAUGAAAUGGGUGAAGAGUCAAAUAGAUCCCCUUUUGAAGAGGAAGGGAUUGAUGAAAAGGAAUUGGGACCAGAGGAUAUGGUGCCUGAUGAAUAUGGUCAUUAUGAGUCUGAAGGAGAUCGCGUUGAUAAGAAACACAAGGAAAAACCGAUUGGCCCACCAUUAGAGCUUGAGAUCCCACUGCAGCAUCCUCCGGCUCUUCCUGAAAAGAUGCACUUGAUCAAAGUUUCAAAUAUAAUGGGAAUUGAUUCAAAGCCCUUUGAUCCAAAGAAGUAUGUGGAGGAGAAUGUUUUCGUUAAAGACGAAUCUGGAUCCAAUAAGCGUAUUAGCUUGGUGAAUAAUAUUGUUAGGUGGAGAGAAGUGAAGAAUCCCGAUGGGACAAAAUCUAUAGAAAGCAAUGCACGUUUUGUGCAUUGGUCAGAUGGUAGCAUUCAGCUAAUGAUAGGAAAUGAGGUUCUUGACACAACUAUUCAAGAUGCAGAGCAUGAUCAAACACACCUCUUUCUUAGGCACGGAAAGGGGAUACUACAAUCCCAGGGGAGAGUUUUAAGCAAGAUGAAGUUUAUGCCUUCAUCUUUGUCAUCUAAUUCUCAUAGAUUGCUGACUGCUUUGGUUGAUUCACGACACAAGAAGGUUUAUAAGGUUAAGAACUGUGUCACUGACAUUGAUCCUGAAAGAGAGAAAGAGCAAAAGGAAAGGGCUGAAAGUCAAAUGAUCAGAGCAAGUGUGAGCCUCAACAGGAAGAAGGAAAAGGUUAGCCGUAAAUACACGCCUAGUGUUCGUAGGGAGCGUCAACUUUCACCAGGUUUCCUGGAGGAUGGCCCUGAGGAGGAAGAGGAGGCAGAUUAUUACGAGCAUCGGAAGCCUGCAGCUCGGCAUCGCUUUGAUGAAGACCUUGAAAGGGAGGCUCAAGCUGAGAGGCGAAUAAUGAAUGCCAAAAAGAGAGAGAUUCCAAGGAAGGUAUCAAUGCCAGCUGCAAAACCUUCUAAACGCCCAAUAGAUUUCUCUGAAAGCGAGGAGUCUGAGUAUGAAACUGAGGGUGAAGAAGAGAAGGCCAAUGAGUAUGAAGAGGAAGAGCAUGAACAAGAGGAAGAGGCAUAUGAAGAAUCAGAAGAGGAAGCUGAGGCCGACUGGGAGAUUGAUGGGGAUGAUGUUCACCAUAUUGGAGCUGCUUGUGCAAAGUGGAGGCUAGCCUCAGGCGUCCUUUACGACAAGAAGAUAACAUCUAACUUGAAAGGGAAGUUUUAUCGGACAGUGGUCAAACUGACUAUAUUAUACGGAGCAGGGUGGACUGUGAAUAAAACUUACAUUCGUCAGCUUCAAGUGGCAGAGAUGAGAAUGUUGUGGUGGAUGUGUGGUCAUAUGAGGAUGGAUAAGGUCCGGAAUGAGGUUAUUCGGGGUAGGGUAGAAAUGGUACCCAUGGAAGAUAAGCUGUCAGAAGCUAGGCCAAGACUGCAAAAUAAUUGGUUUCCAACUUUCCAUGCACAGCAAUUUCCCCAAAACCUCCCUGUCCGCUCCUCUGUGCUUCAUCCUUCUGUAAGUCAGACCCACGAACAUAUCGAUGAAGGGGAAGAAGAGGGGGAGGGAGAAGGAGAAGGAGAGGGGGAAGGUGAACUUCAUCCGGAGUCAGAGAGGGAAAGUGAUGGCGAUAUGCAGGAUGGGGAUGAUCAUGGAGAAAGUCAGUCUGAAAGCAAUCAGAGUGUUCAUCAAAGAGAAGACAGCCAUGGGCAAGACAGCAUGGCUGAUGGAAACAAGGGUUAUGGUCAAAGUGCAUCAGACAGGUCAGAGAAAGAUUCUGCUGAUAUUGAUGAAGAAGUUAACCAAGCUAGAAGUGAAAGUAGAUCCCCCUUGGAGGAGAAAGAUGAGGUGCCUGUUUCAAGCUCAGCUCCAGAAAUUCGAGAUGUGUUUGGGGACUCUGAAGAUGAAGAGCCAACCAUUGGCGACUCUGAUGAUGAAGGGCCAACCAAGUUUGGUGCUCGGAAUGAAAUGGGUGAAGAUGAAGAGCCAACCAUUGGGGACUCAGAUGAUGAAGGGCCAACCAGGUUCAGUGUUCAGAAUGAAAUGGGUGAAGAGUCAAAUCAGAGAUCCCCUUUUGAAGAGGAAGGGAUUGAUGAAAAGGAAUUGGGACCAGAGGAUAUUGUGCCUGAUGAAUAUGGUCAUUAUGAGUCUGAAGGAGAUCGCGUUGAUAAGAAACAUAAGGAAAAACCGAUUGGUCCACCAUUAGAGCUUGAGAUCCCACUGCAGCAUCCUCCGGCUCUUCCUGAAAAGAUGCACUUGAUCAAAGUUUCAAAUAUAAUGGGAAUUGAUUCAAAGCCUUUUGAUCCAAAGAAGUAUGUGGAGGAGAAUGUUUUCGUUAAAGAUGAAUCUGGAUCCAAUAAGCGUUUUAGCUUGGUGAAUAAUAUUGUUAGAUGGAGAGAAGUGAAGAAUCCCGAUGGGACAAAAUCUAUAGAAAGCAAUGCACGUUUUGUGCAUUGGUCAGAUGGUAGCAUUCAGCUAAUGAUUGGAAAUGAAGUUCUUGACACAACUAUUCAAGAUGCAGAGCAUGAUCAAGCACACCUCUUUCUUAGGCACGGAAAGGGGAUACUACAAUCCCAGGGCAGAGUUUUAAGCAAGAUGAAGUUUAUGCCUUCAUCUUUGUCAUCUAAUUCUCAUAGAUUGCUGACUGCUUUGGUUGAUUCACGACACAAGAAGGUUUAUAAGGUUAAGAACUGUGUCACUGACAUUGAUCCUGAAAGAGAGAAAGAGCAAAAGGAAAGGGCUGAAAGUCAAAUGAUCAGAGCAAGUGUGAGCCUUAACAGGAAGAAGGAAAAGGUUAGCCGUAAAUACACGCCUAGUGUUCGUAGGGAGCGUCAACUUUCACCAGGUUUCCUGGAGGAUGGCCCUGAGGAGGAAGAGGAGGCAGAUUAUUACGAGCAUCGGAAGCCUGCAGCUCGGCAUCGCUUUGAUGAAGACCUUGAAAGGGAGGCUCAAGCUGAGAGGCGAAUAAUGAAUGCCAAAAAGAGAGAGAUUCCAAGGAAGGUAUCAAUGCCAGCUGCAAAACCUUCUAAACGCCCAAUAGAUUUCUCUGAAAGCGAGGAGUCUGAGUAUGAAACUGAGGGUGAAGAAGAGAAGGCCAAUGAGUAUGAAGAGGAAGAACAUGAACAAGAGGAAGAGGCAUAUGAAGAAUCAGAAGAGGAAGCUGAGGAGACAAAACAAAAGGUUAGGGAGUCUGGACCAAGCCGUAAACGAAAGGAAAUAGAGUCCGAGGAGGAAUCUCCUCCAAGGCAGACAACUCAUCGACGAAGAACAAUUGUUUACGAUAGUGACGAGGAGGAAUAAGACAUUCUUCACCAUUACUUAGAGGCCUAUUACUCUCCUAAAGAUGGUUCACUGUUUCUCUUGAAUGACUUGACAUACCAAAGAUGCCAUCAACCCCAAACAUGCAUUGUUGACAGAUUUAGAAAGCACAUUGACUAUUGAAAAGAAAUGAUCUUUGUGUAACUGUGUUUCUUCCUCUAAAUAGCUACUAAUAUAGUCAUGUUUUUCGAGCUAGAGAUGUCUUUCUUGUAGUUUUUAAAUGCAUGGAGUACUUCAUUCAUGAUUCAUCCCAAACAAUGGAGCACACCCUUUUCACUUGAGGAAUGUAAUACUAUUGAAACCAUGGAAAAUUAUCAAAUGCAGUUAUAUUCGUAA